AUGAGACGGUUACAGUUCCCGGGAGUAGCUAUGGUGACUGUCCUUGCAAUGAUGUUGAUCACCAGAGGAGUUUUGGCUGACGGAGGUAUGGAAGGUAUGGAUGAUCCAAGAGUUGAAUAUCAUCCUAUUAAUCCAGGAUCUAAAACAUUCCAUUGGUUAAUGUCCGUGGCAUUAUUAUUCUUACUUCCUUCGAUCAGUGCGGCCUUCCUGUUAGCUGAUAAGCAACACUGGUCUCUCAUGUUCCAUUUUGUACUGUUGGGAUAUUCAGUAUUUGAAUGGAUGUUCUUACCUUUUGCUGAUAACACCGAUAACCAUGAGAAUAAGACAAGCAGAGGUACUUCUACUUUCAUAACCUUGUUGUUGGCUGCAAACAUUUUUAUAGGAACGUUUAUGAAUGGUAGUAAUUGGAUAAUGAAUCGUUUCUUCCCCUCAGCAGCCGGUUCAUCUCUGAAUAAUGGUAAUGCCAAUUCCGGAGUUCUUUGCAAAGUCUUUAAAACACUUUCGGUAAUUAUAGCACUCACAGGUUGGGUAAGAGUAUGUCUUGCUGUAGUGGCAUUAUUUGGCUUUUGCUAUGAUAAACACACGGGUCAAUGCAUUGCCCAUGGUAUAAUGGGUACAGCGUUUGUGUUUUAUGCGAUGGUAUUGACUAUAGUGUUGAUAAUACCUUGGAUUAGAAAGAGAGACACCAACAGAAGAUCCCAAGAGUUUUAUGACUCGGUGGUCAUGUGUGCUUGGGGUAUCGUCAACACCUUCACAGAACACAGAUGGGGGAAGGAAGGCUGGAGUAUGGGAGAUUAUCAACAUACUGCAAUGGGGAUUAUUUGGUGGGCUGGAGCUCUUGUAGGAGUAUUUUUAACCAGAAAGAAGAAUAACCAUAGAUCUUUGAUUCCGGCAUUAUUAUUGAUAUUCACAGGUUGGUCGAUGUCACAGCAUCAUCAACAUUCAGCCAUUUCCACAAACGUACACGCCUUCUUUGGUAUUGCACUUAUGAGUGCUGGUUUCACCAGAGUAAUCGAGAUCUGUUUCAUCUUGCAUGACAAGAACUGUGAUGAUUCAGGUAAAAUAUUGGCUUUUCAAUAUAUGCCACCAUUUUUUAUGACACUUUCAGGAAUACUCUUUAUGGCUGCAAAUGAAGAGCAAUUAGAAUUGGCAUUAGGCUUAGGAUCUGACCAUUCUGCCUAUAUCUUGGUCGGCACUGCAGCAGCUUUUGUGGUGUUUUUGUGGCUACUCUUAAUGGUAAACUUGUACUUGCGUCUAGUUGGGUUUGACGAAGAUGGUCCCUUCCAACCUAUUGCUAUCAAUGGAAAUGAGUAUAACCGAGUCAACGAUGUGCAGGAGUUUGAAUUGGAAAAUAUGUCAGAUUAA